CCUUUGGCCGCUCGUUGACUCAGUCAUAGCUCAAAGCGGAAAUCUGAAAUGAGAUAGGAAAUGGUGAGAACAAAGAACAGGAACACAGGUCUAGCCAGGUCAAUUUUCCAAUGACGUCAGCCUCGUGUUAGGUAGUCAGACAGCUACGUAAUCGCCAAAGGCCAAUCAAAUAGAGCCUAGUGUUCUCUUCAUGUUAUAAGCACAAAUCUUUUCUUUACCCUUCAUUCUCAAUCCACCUCCAGAUAUGAAGUUUCUUAAAUUGUGCAGAGGAGAUUCAGAAGAUUCGGAAGAUUCAAACUCGGAGACUCGCACUCCUAUGAUUCAACGGUUUUCCUAUGGAGUGGGAAACUCAGUGAUUGAGGUUAAUAGACAGAUACUUCUGUCGUUCCGAUUGGUCUUCUUUUUGAAAGUACUCGGUCUGUCUCCAGCUAAUGCUGGAUGGCUAGUGCUCUUCGCGUUUUCUUCGUUGGUAGUGACGUCCCCGUUGAGUGCAUUCUUGGUUGACCGAGUCAAGAUCCCAGUUUUGUCCAUGAAACUUGGUAGAAAGAAAUCCUGGCAUCUUAUUGGAUCCAUUUUAGGGGCAGUCACCAUUCCGCUUUUUUUCACACCUUGUUUUUUUUGUCAAGGUGGUCAAUUGGAGACAAUGCUGUACAUUGCUGUACUUAACUUUUUUAUAGCACUAUCUUACACUAUUGUAGACGUCAGCCACCUAUCACUGCUUCCCUCGAUUGCUAAGAAUCAAAAGGAAGCUUUUGGAUUGAACGCUUUAAGAACUGGCUUCACAUUCUUUAUUGGAGUGGUGAUCUACCUUGUGACAUGGGUAAUAUUUGGACAAGACCGCAGCAAACAACUAUCCAGUGAAAGUUCCAUGGAUUUCACGGUCAUAACUUCAAUCUUGGUCGGAAUGGCCUUGGUUUUCUUCCUUAUCUUUCAAACUGUGACAAAGGAGCCCACAGUUAAUUCAGCCCUGGCUAAGAAGUUUUCAAACAGCGUUGCAGAACUGAUGAGAAAAACUUCCUUCAUUCCAUCAAAUGGUGUUCUACAAUCGAUGAUGUAUGAAGUUGUACAGGAGGCACGAGAUCGGCACCAAAGCAAAGAAAGAAUGCGCGACUGGUUCGUAGAGAGUCUAAAGUCAAAGGGGGAAGCUACAGUCCAAGCCACAGAGAAUUGUGAAAGUAGGAUUAGAAAGAGAGCCUUCUCGAUGCGUUUCGUUGACGUAUUGUUUUCUGACGAAGAUGAAGAUAAAUGUAAGCAAGAAUCGCCCUCUAACAACCAUACUUUGACAGAAAAGGCAUCAACGAAGCGUCAAGAGGUUGAAGUGUAUGGAGAAUCAAAGCCAGGCAUUGAGAAUGAAGAGGAAGCGUUUAAGAAGCUUAGCAUGCUGCCACCGGAGCGAAAAAUAAGCCUCCUUGUUAGCGUUUUGGACAAACUCACAGAUGCCUCUGGUGGAAAUGAUCAGCAUUUACCAGAUGUACCUGAAGAAAUAAAGGAAAUCGAUGUGACUGUUGAUGAGAACUGUCAAGCGGUCUCUCCCUUAUCAAGUAACCCUGAACGUUGUUCACCCUUAGAUAAAGAACGAAUGCAGGAAACGUCUCUCAAAAAUCGUAAAGAUAGCAAAGAGAUUUCGCCGUCUACUGUGACACUUGGUACUGCGAAUGAAGGCUUCGACUGCAACGAGUCAGAGCUGAUAGAGCCAUGUGAGCAUCCAGUUUCAACCACCAUGGAAAAUAUGGAUGAGGCGGACGACUGCAAAAUUAAAUCUGGGCCGCUGAAGAUUGAGGAUGUUGAAAGUGGUUGUCAAUCAGGAAAAGAGAUGUGUGUACGAGCCUGGUUAAAGAAUCCUCAUCUAUACAAGGUCGCAGUCAUUUAUGCUUGCUCGAGAGUCACACAAGAUCUUUCGUACGCCUAUUUACCAUUAUUCCUUACUGACACACUGAAGUUUGGAAAGGAAGCCAUGGCCUAUCUUCCACUUGUAAUGUUACUAAGCGCAAUUGUUUCCCCGGGAUUGUCAAGAAAACUUGUCGGAAAUCUGGGAGGCAAGAUCCUGUUUAUUAUUGCUGCUCUACUCGUUAUUGGAGCGUCACUGUGGUUUUACUUCAUUACUCCGUCCACAAAAGUAUUAACUUACCCGGCAGGUGCUAUAUUGGGUCUUGGUUUCUCUACCAUGUUUGUUAAUGCACUCAGCUUUGGGGCAGACCUCAUUGGAGACAACCAAGGCACUUCUGGUUUCGUAUUUGCUUUUAUGGGUGACACGGCCUAUUUGAUGGGAGGAAGCGUUUUCGCCAUCGUCCAAAACCUCUUUCCUGAAGGAAGUUCGUCUGGAGAUUGCCCGGAGUGUGGCACCUAUCUACGAUACGUGUUUUCAAUCGUUCCAGGGUCAUUUGCCUUAAUCAGUCUGCUGAUUGCUUUAUUCUUUCAGUCUUCAAAAUCAACGCGUCAUUGAAAUGAUGAGUCGAGCACCAGCUAGCACGGAAAAAGGUUCUGCCUCAAAAUCGAAACUCUAUCGAAUAUUCAGUUGUUAUAAGGUCCUAACAGCUUGUUGCAGGCGAUGUUUCUGGUAUUAAUAAUCUGAAACUACUUAACUCGAAAAAAAUUUUCUCAAGGUCCACUUCGACUUUAAGGGCCACUUCUGUUUGUUAGUACAAACGAUGCUUAGAGUGAGUUCGUAUUGUAAUUGAUUUACUGCGGUUUUCAAUGGAGAUGCUACCUUAGAGGAUAAUGAAAAGACCGUGUCUCGAUAACGAUUUUCUGGACAUCUGCAGAAGGAGAAGAUGCUUUUCAGACAGCCCUCAAGAAAAUCAUAGAAACAGAAAAAAUCUAGCCAUGUUUAUAUCAUUUGAACCUUCCAAGAUUACGAUACCAGUUGAAUAACACUGAGGAGUGGUGGUAAUAUGGAAAUUUCCCGCUUAUUUAUCCAAAUAUACCGCAGGAAGCCCAAGCUCGCGCAUUAGGCCCCUUAUAGAUUGUCUAAAUAAGCAAAUAAGUUUACGUUGCGCAGUGAGUGCAAUACGGAGUAAUCUAUAUUAAGCGGUUACCGACGGGGAAUGUCGUUUAAUGCAAGUUGACUGCUCAAUACAGGGUCCACAGAGUAGGGGUGUUAUAAAAAACGCCAUUUCAUCCCAUAAUUCUCUUAAUGUACAAAAAGCUCGUUCAAUAAUACUUCUGACAUUGCUAGGAAAAAAUAUGGAUAAAAUUUUUUUACUUGAAAGAUUAUUGUUAGUUUGUUUGAGUGGUCCCGCUUUACGUGACCGUUCAAUAAAGGUAGAAGACAAUACAAAAAGGCCGUGGGGACUAAUUAAAAGGAAUAAGAGGUGAAAAUUACAGUAAAAAAGGGGAAAAAAUUCGCAAAAACUUUGACAACCGAAGGAUGACAGGUUAAAAUCGUUGGACUGUAUUAGCGGAUUGGUAUGGGCAUGAAAGGUGGCACUCUGGCACUCUGGCACUCUGGCACUCUCAACCUCAAAAUCUGAAUUAUAGUGUUGGAUAAAAGCAAGUACUUACGUGUUGUACUUUUGCAUCGUGUGAGGUUUCUGAGCUACCUAAGACAGUUUAGCUUAGUUUUCAUUUGGUUUCUCCCUCCAUAGUACAUGGAUUAUCAUUCCCAUACAAAUCCUUAUACUCCUCAUGCCCAACGGAAACAAAUUUAUAUAUUUACAGAGGCUUAUUGUGCGAGCCUGGGUUAACACGACAAAGAGACGAUGGAAGACUUUUGUGUCAUUAGAAAGGUUUAAAAAGUGAAUUUUUGUUAUUUGUAGCAAUCAUAGUUCAAGUUAUUUGCGUAGGGAAGGUUAGAACAUACUAGUACUUAUAAUUUCCUGUUCGUGCUUUUCUAGAAUAAAAUAAAUUGUAACCUCAUG